AUGGUUAAAGACACAAAAUAUUAUGAUAUUCUUGGUGUUCAACCAGCUGCAACUGUAGAUGAAAUAAAAAAAGCUUAUCGAAAAUUAGCAUUGAAAUUACAUCCAGAUAAAAAUCCUGAUAAUGAUCCGGAACAAUUUAAACAAUUAUCUCAAGCUUACGAAGUUUUAUCUGACGAAAAAAAACGUUCAUUAUAUGAUCAAGUCGGUGAACAGGGCAUGAAAGAAGGGCCAGGUGCUGGUGGAUUUCAUGGUUCAGAUCCAUUUGAUAUCUUUAAUAUGUUUUUUGGUGGCGGCGGCGGUGGUGGCCCAUUUGGUGGUGGUCGACAAGAUCAUCGAGGAAAAAAUCUCGUUCAUCAAUUAGCUGUUUCAUUAGAAGAACUUUAUAAUGGAGCAGUAAGAAAAUUAGCUUUACAAAAAAAUGUUAUUUGUGAUAAAUGUGAAGGUCGUGGAGGAAAGAAAGGUGCUGUUUCAAAAUGUGGAACAUGUAAUGGAAGCGGUUUUGUUGUUCGAGUUAAUCAAAUUGCACCUGGAAUGAUCCAACAAAUGCGAUCACAUUGUUCAGAUUGUGAAGGACAAGGAGAAAAAAUAAAUGCAAAAGAUAAAUGUAAAACAUGUGAUGGAAAAAAAAUUGUUCGAGAAAGAAAAAUUAUUGAAGUUCAUAUUGAUAAAGGUAUGGAUGAUGGAAAAAAAAUCACAUUUAGUGGUGAAGGUGAUCAAGAACCAGGACUUGAACCUGGUGAUAUUAUUGUCGUUUUGGAUGAAAAAGAAAAUGCUACAUUUAAACGAGAUAAAACUGAUUUACAUAUGAAUAUGCAAAUAACAUUAACAGAAUCAUUAUGUGGAUUUCAAAAAGCUAUUAAAACACUUGAUAAUCGACAAUUAGUUAUAACAUCAUUACCAGGUGAAGUAAUUAAACCAGGAGAUUUAAAAUGUAUAUUAAAUGAAGGUAUGCCUGUCUAUCGAAAUCCGAUGGAAAAAGGUCGACUUGUAUUGCAUUUUGAUGUUAAAUUUCCAAGUAAAAAUGAAUUACGUCCAGAAGCUGUAACACAAUUAGAAAAAUUAUUACCAGCACGAUCAGAAGUUAGUUUACCAAUGGAUGCCGAAGAAUGUGUUUUAGUUGAAUUUGAUCCUCGUCAAUCACAACGUUCAAAUCGACGUGAAAUGUAUGAUGAUGAUGAUCCACGUGGUGGUCAAGGUGGCCCAACACAAGUUAAUUGUGCUACUCAUUAA